AGACGUGGCAACGGCAUCAUGGCCUCUUGGAACCGCCACGGGAGUGGGAUGAGGGAGGCGAAAAUGUGGCUUCUGGUGCUUCUGGUGUGGCUGGUGCCGAUGCUGGAUGCAGUGAAGGUGUCUCCUCUCAUUGAGAAAGUGAAUGACCACAAAGACUUCAAGAAACUGCUGCGAACCAGGACCAACGUUCUGGUGCUCUAUACCAAAUCAGCAACGUCAGGGGACCCCCAACUGAAGCUGCUGUCAGACGUGGCACAGACAGUGAAAGGCCAGGGGACGAUAGCCUGGGUCAACUGUGGGGAUUCCGAGGGCCGAAAACUGUGUAAGAAAGUGAAGGUGGACCCUGGAUCGAAAUUUGCGGGAUUCGAAAUGCUGCAUUACAAAGAUGGGACAUUUCACACAGAGUACAACAGACCGACAACUUUCAAGUCGAUGGUGGCGUUUCUCAAAGACCCUUCAGGUCCUCCACUGUGGGAGGAAAACCCUGAAGCAAAAGACGUCGUUCACAUCGAGACAGAGAAAGAUUUCAGAAAGUUAUUGAAGAAAGAAGAUAGACCAAUUCUCAUGAUGUUCUAUGCUCCAUGGUGCGGAGUGUGCAAAAGGAUGCAGCCCAUUUUUCAGCAGGCAGCCACAGAGACCAAAGGACGAUAUGUACUAGCGGGUAUGAAUGUUCACCCAGCAGAGUUUGAUGGUUUGAAGCAAGAAUAUAACGUCAAAGGCUAUCCGACCUUCUGCUACUUUGAGAAAGGAAAGUUCCUGCACCACUAUGAAAACUAUGGAGCUACAGCGAAAGACAUUGCAGACUGGCUCAGAAAUCCUCAGCCCCCUCAGCCGAAGACCCCUGAGGUGCCCUGGUCGGAGUCUGACUCCUCUGUGUUCCACCUCACAGACGACUCCUUCGACAGUUUCCUCCAGCAGCAUCCGGCCGCUCUCAUCAUGUUUUACGCUCCCUGGUGUGGUCACUGUAAGAAAAUGAAGCCAGAAUACGACGAAGCUGCAGAAGUCCUCAACAAAGUGUCUGAUAGUCCUGGGGUGUUGGCUGCUCUCGAUGCCACGGUGCAUAAAGCAGUCGGCGACCGCUUCAAGAUCUCAGGGUUCCCCACAGUUAAGUACUUUGUGAACGGAGAAGAAAAAUACACUCUGCCCCAUCUGAGGAGCAAGGACAAGAUCAUAGAGUUCAUGCACAAUCCCCAGGCUCCUCCCCCUCCAGAGCAGUCCUGGGAGGAGAAACCGUCCAGUGUCAGUCAUCUUGGCUCUGAGGACUUCAGAGAGGCACUGAAGAAGAAGAAACAUGCUUUAGUCAUGUUCUACGCUCCAUGGUGUCCGCACUGUAAAAACGCAGUUCCCCACUUCACCACCGCGGCGGAGCUCUUCAAAGAGGACCGCAAGAUCGUGUACGCUGCAGUGGACUGUACCAAAGGACAGAACCAUGAGCUCUGUAAACAGGAGGGAGUGGAGGGGUACCCCACAUUCAACUAUUACAACUACGGCAAGUUCAGCGAGCGUUACAACGGAGACAGAGGGGAGGCAGGGUUCAUUGGCUUCAUGCGCAGCCUUAGAGGUCGCGACCAGGAGAAAGUGGGAAAGAGAAAGGACGAGCUCUGACCUGAUCCGCGUCGCCCUCCACAGUUUGUCAUUGCACUGUGAACUUUGACCUUUGCCCCUCGCUUGACCCCUGUAUCCCGGGGACGCCCAUCCGCACUGACGGGGGAGACGAAGACUUGAUGACCUCAGCGAAAGGCUAUUUUUUUAUACGAUGAUUUGUUUAAUAGAGAAGAAAAACAUGCCACCAAACACCAUUGAAGACUUAAAGGGGCAAUUUGGGUUUUAAGUGUUGCCCCAAACACUGUGACUGCAUAUGACAUCCAAUACUGUAUCUAUGCAAUAUUAUGGGACCCCUUUUUACACAAGUUUAGGGGUUCCAUAGACUGGAGAUGGUGGUGGGCAUUGUCAUUUUUCAAGUUAUAAUUAAUUUUUCUAGGUAAGGUUAUUGCUGGAGAACAAGAAGAUAUUACCAAUCAAAAUAAUCUGGUUGUUGUAGGUAGAUGGCACAUAAGAACUGGAUGAUUUAAAUGGUUUUCAUAAUGGGUUUGAGGAGCUAUAGAUGUUAUGAUUUGAAGUAGUGUUGGGUGAUGACAACAUAAAAAAGGUGACGAUCUAUACAAAUGUUUCUAUGGUGAUUCAGUGCUAAAAUUGAUGCUUUUCUCCACCCACAUCUCCUACUGGUCAGCCUCUGUCAUGCUGUGUGAGUGACAGGUGGGCUUAACCAAUCACAGUGAACUCUGAGAAGUCCCACCCACAAGUAAAUUUCUUUUUCCAAUAGUCUUUUUAUAAAAUUUUAAAACCGAGAGUUCUAAGAUAUGGUCAUGUUUAGUUGAAAAAACUAUUUAAAACAUAAAAUUUGGCUAAAUGUUUUUCUAACUUUGGGAUUUAAAACAUUUCAGAACUACACAUAUAAUGCAUUCUUAUGGCUUUAAAUUCUUCUUAAACAUGCUUUUGUCACCUUGGGAUAACUAUUUCACAUUUUCCAACUUAAAUAAUGUCUGCUUUUGGAAAACAUACUUUAUAAACUACUCCUCCAAAGAUUACCAAAGAGGCAUUUAGGCAUUGGAGCUUAUUCUGCUGACAGCAAUUGGAUCUAACAAUGGGAAAACAAAUUAAGGCCUUACCCCUCUUGUCUUGCGCUUAUGAAUUACCACAUAACUGAAUAACCCAUAGCAGGCUUUUAUCAAAAAGUCUUUGGGAAAAAUGAAAUCAUGGUGGACUGUCAUUGUUCAGCUCCAUUACAUUUAAAAGGCAAUAUAAUGAGUGAUACUGACCUAUUCUGCACUGCCCACUUUUUCGUAAAUGCGACUAAACUGCGCGGAAUCCCAUUCAUUUCAAUGGAGAAUUUGAGAAAAGUUUUGCCGCUAAAUUCUAAUAUAAAGUCGGUUCAUUUGUGUAAACUGUUCAAUGUUCAUGUGACCAACAAGUCAACACGAUUCUCUGGGAGGUUUUAAAAUGGCUCUGUAGUCUGUAUGGGACUUAAAAUCGGUAGCCCCAUGCAGAAUAAUACAACCCAAAUGACAAUGGCGCCGCCCGCAGCAACUCUCAGAAUAAGGUGAAUAGUAAGAAUCAUCAUCAAAUUGAAAUUUUUACCAGGCCUCUACCAAGAUGUGAUACAUACAUAUAAGUGGGCCUUUAAAUCACAAAAAAUAGCUGGAAGAAUCAGUACGGAUUUUGAGGCCCGGUGCCCUUUGAUUUUCCCUUGAGUGAUUUGAAUAAAAUAACUACAAAAUGCCAAAUAUUAGUACAUAUAAUGCUUGACAUUUCUACUCUUCACACGUUCCCAUAAUUUAAAUGAUUCCUGAGAUUCUAUAGUAAAGUUGUAGUUAACGUUUUGCUGAUUAAAUAUCAUUGUGUGGGUAUGUUUCACAUAGAUGGAAAACACACAAACCAGUUAGUGAUUUAUUGAAGAAACAUUGAUCAUACCUUACUCAAUGUGAACCCUGAAAAGUUUCUGAAUUUUGGUAAUGGGCAUUGUAAUUACUGCUGUACUACAAUUGGCAGUAUUUGUUGUAUACUUUAAUAACUACACCUUAAUUAGGCUUAUUAAAGGAUGAAUAAAUGCUUAGUUGCUACUUAAUUACCCCUGAAUCUUUAAUAAACUUUUGUUCAUAGAGUGGGAAAGCUUUGUUCAUGCUUUAAAAAGGCUUAUUGAGGUGUAGUCUUGAUUUUCUGUAGGUCUGUUGUAGCAUUGUUAAAGGUGCACUAUGUAACUUUUCUCCUUGUUUCCACUGAGAUGUUGUCGCUAUGUUACACAGUAUUGCAUUAAAACAAUCUUCAUGGAGACGAGAAGGUCAGAUAUGUGGAGGCAAGCCUGACCAAAGUAAGAUUUCGGUAACAUUUUCUCAAGGUAUAGUUUUUGAAAAUAACGCCUGAAAUUAAAUAAUAUAUUAAAAUAAGUUUAAAUAAGUUUAAUGCCAUACUGUGGGACAUUCCAGACAAAGCGAUAACAUCUCCAAGGACAAGGACCUGACAUAUCCUCCUCCAGAAAAAGUUACAUAGUGUACCUUUAAGUAAAAUAUGCAGUUAAGGCUGAACAUUAGAACAUUUCAAAACUUUAGGAGGACAAAUUACAAAAAGUACAAUAACAAAAUACUAAUGAACCGCCGGUGUCAAAGGCAUAUCAUUUGAUCUGUGGAUUGAAACGUCAUGGUUUGAAAAUUCUAGUACCAUACAAAUAAUUCAAGUACAUAUUUCUCUCAUAGGUCGCUGUGCUGGUGAAAAAAAUCUUUUCCCAAACUUCCAUGCUAUAAAAUCCUAAUUCUUAUGUUAUCCACUAUUGUCCCUAGAUGAAAUGCACUGUUUUCUCUAAAUCAACUGUCAAUCUGCUCACCAUCUUUCAAACAUGAUAAUACAAUACAAUUUACAUCAGAAAACUUAAGUCAGGCUGAUUUUGUUCUCUCAAAAUAUCAAAAUUCCAUUUCGUAAUCUCAUUUCAAAAUGGCUGACGCUGCAUAUUAGCCUUGCCCUAUACUUCCUUGGCCUCCUUCCUCCCUCUUUCCUCCCAUGAAAAACACAAUUUUUUCUCUUAACACACUUUUCAAAGAUUUCCUGCCAUUCUUGUUAAUAGCUUUGUGCCAUUUUUGUUCACAAUGCUAGUUAUUUCAAUUUCCACACUCGGGUCCAUAUGAAUAUUUAAUCAGUAUUUGUAGCUAGCUGUGUUCUAUUAUUCAACAUUAUGAAAAAGGUUCUCAGGGAAACAUAUUAAAGGGAACUUGUUUGUUUUGUGAUUUUUAAUUUUUUUUUUUUUCAAUUUCAGCUGGAUACGUUCAUUCAGUCACAUAUGUUACGUGUGUUUUCGUGGAUCUUCAAACCAUUCUCAGUUUUAAGAGUUUAUAGUGUGUUGAAAAAUGCAAAUUUGUACAUCCAAAAUCAGUCCUAGAUUUAAAAAUAUUGACUGAAAAGUUUAUUGUAAUUAUUUUAUUAAUCAUUUAACAUGUAAACUCCUAUCCAUGGGUUUCAGAAUGAUGAAAAAUUAGGACUGUUGCCAUAGCAGUGAACAGUUUAAAACAGAAUAUUGUGUUUUGCGUGGUAAAAGUCCUCAAAAUGUCACCUAUAAUCAAACUGAAACCUAUUAAUUACAUGUAUCUAUCUUGCAUGUAUUCCAUUAUGUACUUUUUAAUUGCUCAAAAAUGCCUUUAAAAAGAAUGCAUUGUUAUUGUGAUCAGGCUUUUUGUGACUCAGGACAAGUUUGCAUUUCUCAACACAAAACCACAACUCAACAGUUUUCUCUGUAUUAGGGCUGAGCAGUAUGGUGAUUUUUCUUUCUUUCUUCUUUUUUUUCUAAAACAAGAUAAAAAUGUCCUUCAAUAUUGAUUUUAUGACAAGACAGACUUUUAAACAUUGCCCCUUAAAGAUCUUAUAUUAGUCUAUGUUCUCAUUUAUGCUAUAAUAUUUUCUCAUCAGAAACAGACCUGGAGUUGUGUUUUGUUUCAUUCACACACUUUUAACACACAAACACUGAAUAUUUAGGCGAGCAAGUUCUUCUCUCAAACAGAAAACGCUCUGUUCCACCUUGUGAUGUCAUGUGGUAAUACAGGAAGUGCUCCACUGUGUUUUUAAACUCCAGACACCUUCACUAGAAUCAUUUGAAUGAUUUCAGCUUUGGAAUUGGCUGUCUGUACUAAACCAAAGGUAAAAUAUAGGGUCUAUACCACAAAAAAUAGCCCAAUUUCUUGCUUCUAAGUCUGAAUUCAAACCACAUGCUUUUACAGAGAUGACUGUCUUUGGACCUCUCCAUUAAAAACCCAACUAUAUCAUUGGCAAUUAUAGACAUAAUAGACUUAAUGUUGAUGAUAUUAAAAUUUCCAGUAACUGUCCAGCCCUAAUUUGUACACAAGACAGUAAAGUUUUUGCACACAGGUAUUGCUCUACUUUGCUGUUGACAAAGUGCUGUUAAGUGUUUUUGCAAAAUGGAUGAAAUGACCAAUAACCCUCACUGUUUCUUUAAAGAGCCACACGUUUGAAUGUUUGAUCCCAAAGGUUUCAUGUUUCCACCUCACUUGCCAAGAAGUCAUCGUUGCCUUCUGUUGUUGUUGUUUACUUUUGUUUAUUUUUCAGUGCCCAGCCAUAUGUACAGUCCUGCCCUUUACAGUACGGACCUUCAGAGAUCAACAAAUAAAGAUGACAUUUUCAAAUAA